AUGCCAACUGCAAAUCUUACCCGUGACCGCCCUAGUGACAUGCAGCCUCAAUCUACGGCUGCUGACAACGUGCAUCCACUUGAACGUGUCACAGCAACCACGUCCGAUAGAGAGAUAGAGCACCCUUCUUUGGCAGGCGAGAAUGCAAGAGAUAGAGCUACAACCAUAUCCGAUAGUGAGGCCGAGGCAGAUACCACAGAAGAAGUGUUCAAGGAGCACUUUGACGUGGAGGAUGGGAGCCAAAUCAGCUGCGGGGAGGAGCCGGGGCCUGAUGAGGAUGAGGAGCGUGCAGACAUGGGUCACGGCUCCCAAUCCACCAAUACUACAACUCAUCCUCUAUCCACCACAACAGCGCAACAAGCGGCCAUGAGAUGCCAACGGCGGAUGGAAAUUAUCAGGGGAAGGCGGAAUGCAAGAGAGGCAGGUGCAAGAGGGCGGGAACGAGCUGGAACACCAGUAGCACGGCUGCCAACGCAAGGGAGCCAAAGUGCGCGUCAGCCAACACUGCAGCAGGGUGUUAAGACAGACAUGGGUCAGGCCAACGACGCCGCAGAGGCCACGGACGUCAACCACGGACGACAAACGGGACUGGGGGGCUUGGGCAAUGCGGAUGCUGAGCGGGUGGACAGUGACACCAUGGAGGAAGGGGCGGCCAUUAUUGUGCGCACGGGCCAGGAUGGACCGAGAAACAAGAGGAGGAAAAAAAUCACAGUAUUCAUCAAACAAUGGGCACGGUGUUAUGCCCCCACAUGUCGGUUUGGCAUCUACAGCAGCCAGAUGGUGGAGUCCAUCAACAAUGCCAUUAAGAAGAUCCGCAUCUUGCCGGUCGGCUUCUUACUGUGCGUAGGAAUCGGUCUGCUUGCUCUCUCCCUCACUCCGGCCGAUGCCAUGUACGCCACAUCCGCUGAUCUGAACCGCGAGGGCACGUGCUACCGCGGCCAAUUCGACUACGGCGAGAGUUCGGAUUUCGACUACGGCAUGGUAGCGCAGGUUCCUUCGGGCGAUUUCAACAGCGGAAAGGGCUGCGGAAGGUGCUACGAAGUCUCCUGCAUGGACCACCCGAGCUGCUUGGAGGGCAGCGUGCUGGUGCGCGCGGUCGGCCAAAACGGCGACUUCAACCUCAACUUCGCCGCGUGGGAUAGAAUCGUCGCUGACCGGGCCGCGGGGCGCGUGGAGAUCGACUACCGCAGCGUGGACUGCCCUAGCAACGGCGGAAUGAAGGUCAGAUUAGUCGACGAUAGCAACUCGUACAACUUCGCGCUUCAGAUUCUUGGAGCGGCGUGGAGCGGAGGCGUGGAGAACGUGGAGCUGUCGAAUGACGGGUCGCAGUGGUCGAGCAUGACGACGUACAGAUGGGGCGCCACGUGGGUGCUCAAUCCCGCCAAGGACGUCGUCGAUGCGGGGCGCCCCGUGAGCGUGCGCGUGACGGGCGGCGGGCAGCAGGUGGUGUUGCAAGACGUGAUUCCGAGCGGAUGGAGUGCCGGGACGACCUACGAGAGCGGCACCAACUUCUAA